CCAAAAUAUAGUUAGCUGAGAUAACACAUUGAGAUCACUCAAAGAUUAGGCCAACCAAAUGAAGUCGUACAAAUUGACUAUUUCCUCUCCUUAAAUCCAUCUUCUUCCACACACAUGCUUAUUUCGUUUCUUAAAGAAAAGUAACAUAUUGAGACUUUUAAAAAAAAAAAAAAAAUGGAGAGCUUCUUGAUCUUCCGUUGCUUCUUGUUAUUCGUCUUCUUCAAAGGAACAUUCGCAGCUUCAGGCAAGUUUUGGAGCAGAUUAGAGAUGGCUGAGAUGAAUGGCUACGGAGAACAUAAACUCUCUUCCGUAGUUAUCACCGGUUCUCUUCUAUGUAACAUCCCUCUUUCAGGUGCCACUGUUGCCAUCAAGUGCCACAGUACUGGUUUCAGAAAGAGAACAAAAUGGACCAAAGCUGUUACUGAUGACUUUGGAGAGUUUGUUAUCCAUCUUCCUUCUCAUCUUCAUGCAAUUCCUCAUCUAGAAAAGGCAUGUUACAUCAAACCAGUACAUGUGCCAAAACACUAUUAUAGAUGCUACAAGACUUUUGCCAAAUCCAAUAUACACAAAGGUAUCAAACUUGUUUCGUCCAGAAAUGGCUUCCGUGUCUACACCGCAGGGAAGAUCACGUUACAUGGAUACAGUUCAAGAUCAUCUCAAGGUCGUAAAGCCGACAUGUAAAAUACAAAACAAUUAAUAAGAAACAACAGAUACUUGUGUGAAAAAUCAUGUGUGUUUUAUGUUCCUCACUUGUUUAGCUGGCGCUUUAGUCACAGAACUAAGUUGAGUCUCUCUACGUUUGUUUACCAUAUUCACAAUGUCAGUCUUCUUCACUUGUUCCCUACGGCAUCAACCUCUUCUCAAUGUUUUCUCUCUCAAACUUAGCAGCAACACAAGCAUAU